AUGGACGAUGCUUUUAAUGAUAAACACCAAAAAUCAGGUCUUUUGUUUUCUUACCGUUGUUCUACUGCUCAAGAUAUGAGACAUUUCGAUUUGAAGAGAGAGAAAGAAGAUGCCUCGUCUCCAAGAAUUGACUCUCAUCAAUCACCUGAAUUGGUUACCAGUUGUCCAAGCGUAAGGACACGAUUUCACUGGAUAAAGUUUUUGAAACAAUGGAAAAAAAGAUCAAUUAAGCACCCAACGUCCUUCCCUUUUAUUUGUUUGCCAAUCAUAACAAAAUCUAAAAGCAAAAGCAUUAGAGAAAAUCCCGUUCUAUGUAAUGGAUACAACUCCAAAUCUUCUUUGGUGAAUUUCAGCCUCUCUGAACUGAGAAAUACAACCAAAAAUUUUAGCAAUGAAAAUUUAAUUGGAAGAGGUGGCUUUGCUGAGGUUUACAAGGGUCGGCUUCAAGAUGGACAACUAAUAGCGGUAAAGCGAAUGAAUAAAGGGACAACAGCGGAGAGGACAUCAAGCUUUCUAUCUGAGCUUGGCAUUAUUGCUCAUGUUGACCAUCCUAACACUGCCAAGCUUAUUGGAUGUGGUGUAGAAGGAGAAAUGUACCUUGUCUUCCAACUAUCUCCACUGGGAAGUUUAGGAUCUCUUCUCCAUGGUUCAAAUAAAAACAAAUUAGAUUGGAGUAAAAGGUAUAAAAUUGCUAUCGGGGUAGCUGAUGGCCUCCUCUAUCUUCAUGAGAUUUGUCCAAGGCGAAUCGUUCAUAGAGAUAUUAAACCAGAGAAUAUUCUGCUCACAGAGAAUUUUGAGCCACAGAUUUGUGAUUUUGGGCUUGCAAAGUGGUUGCCAGAACAAUGUACUCACCAUAAUGUAUCAAAAUCUGAAGGCACAUUCGGGUAUUUUGCUCCUGAAUAUUUGAUGCAUGGCAUAGUAGAUGAGAAAACUGAUGUCUAUUCCUUUGGGGUCCUACUUUUGGAGAUUAUAAGUGGGCGUCAGGCUUUGGAUAAUUUGCAGCAAAGUAUUGUGUUAUGGGCAAAGCCUUUGCUUGACGAUAAUAAUAUUAAGGACCUUGUUGAUCCUUCUCUUGAUGAAGAUUAUGACCCAGAACAGAUGGAUCGUGUUGUUUUGACUGCAUCUCUGUGUGUUGAGCACUCUCCUCUCUUACGCCCCUGCAUGAGUCAGAUUGCAAUACUGCUAAGAGGUGAUGAUUUUGUCCAGGAAUCUGCAAAAGAAUGCCCGAGGCGGUCUCUCCUAGAGGUGCUACAGGAUUCUUGA